GAACCAGAAGGGUUUCAUCACAGAGAAAACCUAUUCGGAUAGUCGUCUCCAAAAUAAAUCAGGGUUUCAUCACCGAGAGAGCGAUCCGUUGACCGUUGCUAUGGAAUUCUCUUGAUUUCCGGAUUCUCCAAAAUAAAUCAGGCAAUACGGAUCGGAGUAAAUGCUCGCGACAUCAACGCCUUCAAUUGUUAUCGAAUUAAUUGCCUGGAGCGGAGAUAUAUAGAAUUUCAUUCAGGAGUUUGAGUGAUUCAUGUGAUCCGUUGCUAUGGAAUUCCCUUGAUUUCCGGAUUCUCCAAAAUAAAUCAGCAUUGAAGAGCAAAGUCAAAGUGCAGCACAAGAGUUCUAAAGACCCUUAUUCCUAGAUAGCCACUAUACUCGAGGAGUUUUCUGGUUAAAAGUCAUGGUUGAUGGGUGACACCUCCAAUUUGAAAAAAAGAAUUUGCAAAACAAACAUGCAUCUCGGUAUUGACACCCCCCAAAAAUUUAUUUGUGGAAUCUGAGUUGGGAAGAUUGUCAGGAAGAGAAGAUGACUUGUCUCUUGAAAAUUAUAAACCUAAGUUCACCAUUGUGGAUCAGGCUAAUGACUACGUUAAGGGUAGAGGGAUAUAUGCAUUGCCGGUGUGCGUUGGGAAUGUCCAUGGGAAAUACCUUCUAAAUGGUGUGAAUCUCAGACUUGAUUUGCUAAAGGUUUUCUUGGCUAUAGGGUGUAAAUGAAGGCCUUGCAGGUGUAAAAUUGGUGAAACAGGGAGUCCCUCUUAACCCUUUUCUCUCUUGGUCUCACUAUGUUUUGUGCUUAUAUGAUAAUCUCACCCCCAUUCUCUCUUGGCUGAAUUCUAUAACUUGUUCAGUUGAAAUCUCCAUCUCAUUCUUUCUUGGCUCACAUCUGAGUUUUCAUUUAGUUGAACCCCCAACCCUUCUUUGCUUGACUCUGGCAUGAUGUGGUUAUUUUUCAUUACACAUUCAUGCGCGGAGGACAUUGCAUCAUCAAGUGUGGGGGGGGGGGUCCAUUAUUGGAAGUUUGAAGUCUAAGGUCUAAUGGUUGAAUUGCUGAUUGCUGGUUUUAAAUUCUGUGAUAAAUUUUGUUUUGGUAUGUUUAAAAAAAACAGAUCUUAAAUGUGACAGCUUUUGGUCUUAAAUGUUGAAAUUUUUUCAAAAAUUAGUGAGUUUUUAGAUUUUAAUGCUUAAGAGACUAUUUUCAUCACCGAGAAAACCUUAUCCAUCCGAUUGUCGUCUCCGGUGAGUUGGAGGACACGGAUAACACCUUUUGACUCCUCUCACUCAGGUUUUUCGGGUUCUGUAAAGAUCGCAAGAAACCAAGCAGUAGGAGGAUAAGCCGAGGGAGAGACAGCUGCAUCCACAUCGUGGCCAAGGAACCUGAAACCGGAGAUAUAAUCGAGGCAAACCGGAGGGUCCCAGCACAGACUUUCAAUUUCCGACAAGAAACAUGUUAGGGGUGAAUCGGGGGUCUUAUCAAGUUGAUAAUUUAGUGGCGGAUUUGCGGAGGAAAAUGGAAGGGAAGUAGUGGGCGAAAGUAUGGAGGGUGUUUUAGGAGUUCUUUUUGGUAGUUUAUGGAAGAAAGGAAUAGGUUUAAGAAGGAGAAAUGGGGAGGUAAGAAAUGGAAGAAAAUCGGGGAUGGAUAAACCAAGUUGGUGUUUAAGAGAUAUUACACACUCUUAUCCUAACUUGGGGUUUGAAUCUAGAAUUUAAUUAAGAUAUGACACACUUAAUCAAAUAUCUAGAACCUAAAACUCACACUUAAGAUAACCACUCUUAAGAUAUAGAUUUAGGAAUUUAAAUAGCAAACACAACAAGUGUAUUACUAAAUGGAAAAUGGAAUUACAAUGUGAGUCUCACAAAAGGGCCUAAGGCCGAAAUAAAUACACACACAUAGGGGGGAAACUUCCCUGAAACAUCCACUCACAAAUCACAAGAAUAAUAUCCAUUUGUUUAUGUUUUCUUAAUGGAAUGAAAUCAGGGAUUUGGUCUUUGAUUUUCAUGGCUGGUGGCUUGUCCUUUAGUGAGGAAAAUCACAAGGAAAUAAGUGAUGAUUCUUGGGAAAUAAUGGGGGACAAAGGGGUUGGUUUUAUUGGCCUUAUAUUGGGUCAUUCAUGGAAGGGGACAGGGCUGGGUAUUAUUUAUGGGUAUUUUGGAGUUAUGGCUUUGGGUUACUGUGAGGGAAAACAUGGGCAGGAAGUAGGAAGUAGGGGCUGGAGGUGGGUCAUGGUUUUGGCUCUUUGUCGGUGUUGUGUUGGGAUUGUGAGGUUUAUUUGGGCAGGGAAUGAAAGGAAGGAAGAGAGGGUUUUACUGGUUUAUUAAAAGGCUUAAAAGAAGGAAAAUAACAACAAACAAAAAGGUUUUGGUUUAUACACUCUUAUUUUCGGCCAUGGCUAAAAUAAGAGUAGGAAAAACUUUAUUUUGAAAAGGAAAUAUUUUGGAUGUUUUGGGAUGGUUUGGACUGAAAUGGGAGUAGACCACAGAACCCUCGGGUCAAACGGAGGUUGUUUUGGCCUUUUGGGUUUAAGGACCAUUUGAAUUCAACUAAAAUGGAUCAUAAUAUUUGAAUAUAAGUCCUUUCGUUCUUAUGAUAGUGUAAGGCGUGAGUGAGAGUUUCAUGGGGCUAGGCUCGGGUAUAACAGAACACCACCAGGAUACUCAGGGUAUAGCGUUUAAAACCUUAACUCUUCAUUAUAUUGGUUCCAAAUCUGAAAAGUUGUAGGGGUUAGUGUUGAUAAUCCUCCGAUCUGGCUUAGUUGCGUUGUUAGAAUUUGUUCCGCAGGUUUUGUUUAUUUGUGAAUCUGAGAUGCUGUUUUUUUUACCUUGACCCUACUGUAAUGAGUUUGAUGACAUUUGUUUAUAAUAGGAGUCAGUAGAGUAGUAACUUGGUUUGAUGCUUGCGUUAUGAAACAAGUAUUUCACCUCUGAAAUUCAUAAAUGAAUGAUCUGUAUCGAGGAAAGGAUUAAUUGUUUACCAGACUUUGCUAAUAUUCUAGACCCCCCAUUUAGACGAUUUAGUUAAGCGAGGUCUAGGAAGGUCCUGGAGACCCGACCCAACUGUGACGUUGGUUUUUCUCUAGGGCUUAUUGACCAUUUAUUUCACAUUAUUUUCUUCAAUUUUCACUGGUGGGAAGUUGGGGAAAAGUCAAGGCCAGACCAAACUGAGAUCAAUACAUCUUGUGACAUAAAAUAGGCGCUAGUCUCUAGUUUGUAAGGGUAGAGUGUAAUAUUGAGUUAAGAAGGGUUACUGAACUGAGUGGUUGAGGAAAUUGGUUAGCUCUUUGGUGUCAACACACACGACCCUGGUGUGAGUGUGUGUGAGUGAUUUACAUCUCCUCUUAUUAUAUAAAUGUAGAAUACAGUUAGGUACCCAUUAAUAUUAUGGUUUUUUUCCAUCCAAAAAAUAUGUACUCUUAGCUUUUAGAGUGGUACCAUGCCAUAUACUUCCCACUAUGCCCCUAUCUCUGUUAUAAUUAUGCAUUCUCCGUAUACACCGGCUAUUCUUUCGAACAUACUGGGUAUCCAUAUAGUUAACCAUCCAAAGAAACACAACCCAUUCAAUUUAAUUAUCAGGCAAUACGGAUCGGAGUAAAUGCUCGCGACAUCAACGCCUUCAAUUGUUAUUGCAAUCAUAAUCAAAAGUGAUGUGUUUCUCGCAAGUUUUCGAUAUGCACACUUAAAGAGAGGACCAGAUCUGACUUAUUUCCUAAGUCUUUCAAGGUGUGUUUGGUUCAAAAGAGAAGAUUUUCUUCGCCUUUUUAUGUUAAAUUUGGUUUUCCCUUACUUUUAUGAGUACUCGUUGAGAUAAUUAAAGAUACAACGGAAGUAAGUAUUUUUUUUAUGUAAUUAUGUUAUUUAUACUGAAUGAGUUAUGAACCAAAAGUUCAAGAUCUCUUCGCAUACUGUUUAUAUACUAAAGGUACCAGAUUUUUUCUGGCUUAAACUAUUGCCAGUGUUGCAGUUAUGCUUAAUUGACUUUUAUUAGUAUAGGUUUAUAGAAAGAAUGGUACUGUUAGAAUGAAACUUUGGUGGGAGCUGUUAGCAAGAUUUGACAAGCUGCUUCCUUUCCUUUCAUGUGCUCUACAAUUUGGUCAAUUGCUGCACGUGCUUUGACAGCAUUCUUGAAAAUUGGUUCCUGGCAUUCAGCAAAAGAAAAUAAUCUCAAGCAUUGAAGAGCAAAGUUAAAGUGCAGCACAAGAGUUCUAAAGACCCUUAUUCCUAGAUAGCCACUAUACUCGAGGAGUUUUCUGGUUAAAAGCAUAAAAAGAUACAUGGUAUCAAAGAAAAAUCUUCAAAUUAUGGCUGAAAAAUGAAAUGCUGUGGUAGAUUAACAAUUGCUUCAAAGAGCUUCUCAACAUCCCCACAGUGGCACAAUCCCAUAGAACGUGAUCUGAAGGUAACCGUUCCUUAACUUUCACCUUUACUUUCAACGUAGUUGGCUUUUAUCUAUUUUAUAUCUGUAUUAUUAAACCAUAAUCCAAUGGUUGCACCCCUAUUAUCAGGAGGUAACAUGUAAAUAAUCAUCAUCACCUCGAGUCCAUACAACACAACCGGGGCAUAGCCCUAUUAAAUAAAAAGCGUUCAGGCCAAUCAGUAAUACAAACACAAAGUUAGGUAAUUGAAAGUUUAAAACACAAGUAAAGACGCAAGCUUCUGAGGUGGUUUCUAGGCUUAAUAAAAAGCAUUCAUGCCAAUCAGUAAUACAAGCACAAAGUUAGCUAAUUGAAAAUUUAAAACACAAGUAAAGAAGCAAUCUUCUGAGGUGGUUUGUAGGCUUAACAUUUGGGCAUUUCCUUCCCAAU